AUGGUUAUCAUCCUCAUCCUACAGGGAGCCGCGCGGACGAACGACGGCGCGCGGCGGGCCUCUCCACCUGCUGCCCGGACGCGGCCCGGGCCCCGUCCCCGUCCCGCGGAGGUGUUCGCGCCGGGCUCGCUCCGGCGCCUCAGGUGGACGGGGUUCCCGCCCAAACGCCGCCCGGCCGCCCGCGUGCAGGCCCGAGACCUGAGCCCCCGCCUCUGGCUGCCAGGCCGCGCUCCGCGUUCACCGCGCUCGGCCGGGGCCCGCCUCUCGGCAGUUUUCGCUUUCGCUUUCCUGCCGCUGUUGUUGAGGAAAAUGAAAGUGACCGUGGCCGUGGCCCGGGCCGGCGCAGCUGCCGUCGGGGCGAGGGACGCACAAAACGGCGGCGGUCGGCGAGGAGCCUGGGAGCUGGAGCCGCUACCCGCGCCAGACGAGAUGGCAGCACGCCCUGGACUUGUCUGCACCGCAAGCGGCCCUGAGGAGGGACAGCAGGGAGACAAGAAAAUGGACUCCCCUCUGCAACCUGCAAUGUGCCAGGGUUUGCAGCCUAUUGGAGGAAAACAACAUCAAGAGUAUGCUGCUAAAACACUGAGGUUUGUGGACCGGACUUCUCUGUGGCCCAAGUAUUUGGUUUCUACUUCCUCAUUCUCAGCCUCCUCCCACCCCCACCCAACUGCAUCACUGAGGCUGGAACCCUUGGGCCCCCCAGAAGGAGCAUCUGUCCCUGAGCUGCUUGGGCUGCUGAGGAAACCUGUACCCUGCUAACAAGAGGACUUUUGGAUCUGUGCAAAUAAUGUGAAAUAAGACCAAACGGUCCCAGAGAAUGACAGCCUGGGCAUGACCCAACCCCACCAACCAGCGGGCAUCACUCCCGGAGGAAAAGACUCCACCUUGAACCAGGCCCAAGACUUUUCCUGGGACUUCAUUUCUGUCUUUGGCAGUCCCUGUUCCAAGCUUCCAGAGAUCUGAGUAAGUGCUUAGCUUGCACACAGCCCACUGACAGAUGUUGAAAACUGAUAUAUCAAGAAGGGAUGGUUUGCAUUUGUCUUCCCUGAUUAGCAUAUUAGCCUCUCUCUUCCUAUUGCCAAGUGAACUAAAUGAAUAAACCAGCCCAAUUAA